GCCUUCGGAAAAGCCCCAUGGGGGCGGGGGGGGGCGCCUCCAGCCAGGCGGCCUGCCUCAAGCAGAUCCUGCUGCUCCAGCUGGACCUCAUCGAGCAGCAGCAGCAGCAGCUGCAGGCCAAGGAGAAGGAGAUCGAGGAGCUCAAGGCCGAGAGGGACACGCUCCUUGCUCGCAUUGAGCGCAUGGAAAGGAGGAUGCAGCUGGUGAAGAAGGACAGCGAGCGUGAAAAACACAAAAUAUUUCAAGGAUACGAAACUGAGGACAAGGUGGAGCCUGAGGCGCCGGAGAAGUUGCCUAUUGAAUGCCCACCCCAAGAACUCCUGGAGACGUCCCAGCCGCUGUCUUUGAAACACUUCCCAUAUGGGAGAAAUGGGAAAGGUCACAAACGAAAGUCUGCAUUUGGAAGUGCGGAGAGGAAGACUCCAAUGAAAAGGCUGGUGGCUGAAUUUUCAAAAGUCAAGUGUAAAUCACCAAAGUCUUCUCCGUUGAAAGAAGAGCCUGGCAGUUCUUUAACUGAAUCGGUUACCAGGCGUGAGCUACGAAGUCAGGAGACUCCAGAAAAGGCCCGAUCUUUGGGAGACACUUUACUGAAAUCCUUGGGCCCUCUGAAAGGAGCUGGGGGCCACACAAAGGACAAGAACUCAUACAGCGAAACAGAAGACUUGCCAUACCUUUCCACCACUGAAAUGUACUUGUGCCGAUGGCACCAGCCGCCUCCUUCACCGUUGCGAGAACCUUCUCCCAAGAAGGAGGAGACUGUAGCAAUUCCAUCAUGGAGGGACCACGUGGUAGAGCCCUUAAGAGACCUGAAUACGUCAGACCUUUUGGAGAACUUGGACGACAGUGUCUUCUCCAAACGGCACGCAAAGCUGGAGUUGGAUGAGAAGAGGAGGAAAAGGUGGGAUAUUCAGCGGAUCCGAGAGCAAAGAAUUUUGCAGCGACUGCAGCUGAGAAUGUAUAAAAAAAAAGGAAUUCAGGAAUCUGAGCCUGAAGUUACCUCAUUUUUCCCAGAGUCGGAUGAUGUUGAAAGCUUGCUAAUCACCCCUUACUUGCCUGUUGUAGCUUUUGGCCGACCACUACCAAAAUUAACCCCACAGAACUUUGAACUGCCGUGGCUGGACGAGCGAAGCCGCUGCCGGCUGGAGAUGCAAAAGAAACAGACGCCUCAUCGGACAUGCAGAAAAUAGGCAUGCCCACUAGGAGAUGGUUGCCCUGUGCUAUUUGCAGCAAAUGGCAGAGAACUGUAUAUGUUCUGUCACAUCAAUCUUUCUCCCCUCAAUGUACAUUCUUGUUCACUAUAGACUUUUUUUAAUGCUUCUGUAUGGUUUUUCUCUUUCCUCUUCUCCUCCCCCUCCCUCCCAUUAAAACUGUUCAGCUGUGUUCCUCCCUCCCCUUUUGUUUGAUAGAAAGUACUGGAGUUUUGUUGUGGGGACAGGCAGCAAGGCGGGCAGCAUUGGCUGUGCAGUGGUUGAGUUCCUUUGGGCAGGCGUGUAGCUGACCACAUUCUGUUUAGCGCCUCAAAAGAUAAAUGGACAUAAGAAAUACAAUGAAAUGGUUCCCAUUUGUUAGUUAUAAAGCGUAUGAAGUCCACCUCUCUUAAAGCACACACACAAAUCCUAAAAUGGUUGCUUAAAAAUAUUUAACCUGCUAACUGAAGCCCUUGAAAAUUGGGGAAGGGGGUACAUUGGGCUAACACAAGUUAGCCAUCACCCUGCUUGUGUUUGUUUUUUUUAAAUCCAAGUAUGGAUCUGUAUAUUUCUUCUUGUCUGAUUUGGCUCUUCUCACACUGC